AAGGGGGUUUAUCAAUUGAAUGACUUUCUUUCCCUCUGCCUUAAGAUCGAAGCUAGAGUCCCCCCUUUACUCUAUCAUCGGAAUCUAGAUCACUUACUCGUCAAGGAGAUCCACUGGUUUGAUCACUUAUGGUGAUUUGAUCACUUACGAUUCUUGAAGGUUUUACUUUUUUUUUUUCUUUCUUACAUUUCAUUUCUGUAAAUUCUAAAACAAUACGAUGGGAGCAUUCAUGUCGAGAUUCUGGUUCAUGAUGUUUCCGGCGAAUGAGUACAAAAUAGUUGUUGUGGGCUUAGAUAACGCUGGAAAAACGACCACUCUCUAUAAAUUGCACUUGGGUGAGGUUGUUACUACAAAUCCCACGGUUGGAAGCAAUGUGGAGGAACUUGUCUACAAGAACAUACGUUUUGAGGUUUGGGAUCUUGGAGGGCAAGACAGGCUUAGGACAUCAUGGGCAACAUAUUACCGAGGAACUCAUGCAAUUAUUGUAGUGAUAGACAGCACAGAUAGAGCCAGGAUUGGUAUAAUGAAAGAUGAGUUGUUCAGGCUUCUUCCAGUAGAGGAUCUUCAAAGUGCUGUUAUACUCGUGUUUGCAAAUAAACAGGACCUUAAAGAUGCCAUGACGCCUGCAGAGGUUACCGAUGCUCUCUCCCUUCACAGCAUUAAGGAUCAUGACUGGCAUAUUCAAGCUUGUUCCGCCCUCACAGGAGAUGGUCUGUAUGAUGGUUUGGGUUGGAUUGCUCAGAAAGUAACAGGUAAGGCUACAACUUAGAAACCCUAAAAUAACAAACAAAUGCAUAAAUUUUUAAAUAUUUUGGUUUUUCUUUUUUUGAGGUUCUAUAUCUUUUGAAUUGUGUGGAAUUUAGUUACUUGUUUGGAGGAGUGACACAACCUAUCUUCUUCAGUUGUAUUUACUUUGUAUGUCCAAUGUUCUUUACCCUUUUCUUUCUGAUGUAAUAAUUGGCUCUAUUUGAAAACAACUAUUCUCAUUUGAACUCGAAUUCUGAUUGGGUUUUUUGUCUUUCUUUU